CUUUCCAAAGAAACCUAGGCUGACAGGUGAAUAGGAAACGAGGCCGAUCUCGUUUUCCCUACACAGGCUACGAAUGACAUUGUACGAGCUAUAUUUAGGGUGUGCGAAGAGAUGCAGCGUGUGAAUAGCAAUAUGCUUGAUAAGAUUGUUGUGCAAUCACUCCGCGAGAAGCUGUGGCAGGCGACGCGCAAGACGGUUUCAGCUUUUCUUGCGCGCGAGCCGCUCGACCUUACCGAAAAAGGCGCAACUCAGCUCAUUUUUGAUGUUUACUUUUUGAGCAUCGUUUUGAAUGACGAUGGCAUGACAACAACAGAGAAUGCGCAGAUCACAACCAAGGCUAAACAAGCGGUAAGCUUUCCAACUAAAAAUGAAAUCGGAUGGCGAAACCACGUUACCAACCCAUGGCGUCACAAUAUAGAUCGAUCCCAUUAACUGGGCUGUGAUCGAAAACCAAUUUGCUACAGCCGCUGAACGAUUUUACCUGAAGCAACUUUUGAUUAUGAGUAUUCUUACCCGAGCGCAACAGAAUACCCUGUCCAGCACCCGUAAAAUGGGAGCGCAGAAACCACCUCAGCAAGGACAACA